CGGAUCUUCGGCGCUGAAGGCUUUUAAAAGUUGAGACGCGUCAAAGAUAACGCAGCUGCUGUUUAAAUCAGGCCGAAACUUUGGCAAACGACCAACGACACGUUACUAUUAACUUAAGCUUCGUCAACACACUGCAGACAGCUUAAUGUCGCGGUGAAGCUAAUACGAUAACCUUAAUUAGCUAGCAAGUUAAAAUAGUUGCUGCUGACUGGGGACGCACAGCUAGCUAGCUUAGCUUCGUUUAGCUCAUAAUAGCUUUUCUGCAGGGUCAAGAAAAGCUAAAUCUUAAGAUUUCAACCCUUUGGACAUCUCUCCUCAACUCUGCCUUUCGUCUGCUCGUCCUCUGCUGGUGAUUGUGGUUGCACUGGGAGAACUGAUGAUGGGGCACAGGGCUGUCCUCGAGGUUCAGCGACCUCGUCUCAUCCAGGUCAUGGUGCCACUGCUGCUGGUCCUCGUCGUCCUGUCGGCGGCGGUUUGGGCGGAAAGCCAAGACUACUACAAUCUGCUGAAAGUCAACAGGGAGGCCACGACCAGAGAGAUACGACAGGCCUUCAAGAAGCUGGCGCUCACCAUGCACCCCGACAAAAACCCUGGCGACGCCACAGCCCAUGAGAAGUUCCUGCAGGUGAAUCGAGCCUACGAGGUUCUGAAGGACGCAGACCUCCGGAAGAAGUAUGAUAAAUAUGGAGAAAAGGGAUUGGACGAGCAGCAGCAGGGGGGACGCUACGAGAGCUGGAACUUCUACCGAUAUGACUUUGGUAUCUACGACGAUGAUUUGGAGAUCAUCACGUUGGACAGCGGAGAAUUCGAGGCAGCAGUGAACUCUGGAGAAAUCUGGUUCAUUAACUUCUAUUUCCCACGAUGCUCUCACUGUCACCAGCUGGCUCCAACGUGGCGGGAGUUUGCCAAAGAGAUGGACGGAGUCAUCAGGAUUGGAGCGGUGAACUGUGGAGACAACAACCAUCUCUGCCGGAGUAAAGGCAUCAACAGCUACCCAAGUCUGUACAUAUUCAGAGCAGGACAGAGACCAGAGAAGUUUAAUGAGGAGCGCUCUAAAGACAGCCUGGUCCACUUCUCCAUGAAGUUCAUCACAACGACCGUCACUGAGCUCUGGCAAGGUAACGUGUUCAGCGAGAUAGAGAACGCGUACGCGUCCGGGCUCGGCUGGCUGAUCACCUUCUGCUGUGACACCGGAGAUUGCCUGGAGCCAACAACGAGACAGAAGGUGGCUGGGAUGUUGGAUGGUCUAGUUAAGGUGGGAUGGAUGGACUGCACCUCACAGGAACAGCUCUGUGACAGUUUCCAGGUGACCAGUGGAGUGACUGCUUUGUUCCCACCUGGAAGUUCUCUGGAUCAACAAGGCAGCAUACUGUGGCUGAAUACUCUGGACAGUAGAGAGAUCUACAAUCAGGUCAUCAACCACCUGCCUGAUCUGGAACAACUGACCAGCGACAGCUUCCAGAGGAAGCUCGCUCAACAUCGCUGGUUGGUGAGUUUUACGUUUGGAGACGGAAACGCUGCCUCCAACGAGUACAAGAAGCUACAAGCCUUCCUCCAAAAUGACCACAUACAGGUUGGCAGAGUCGACUGUAUAGCAGACUCAAAGUUGUGUCAGUCACUGUACAUCCAUAAACCCUGUGUGGCCGUCUUCAAAGGACUGGGAAUCCACGACUUUGAGAUCCACCACGGUAAAGAUGUGCUGUACAACAUUGUGGGUUUUGCGAGGGACAGCGUUCGUGCUCAUGUGACGACUCUGAGGCCGGACAACUUCCCUGCAGACAGAAAGGAGCCGUGGCUGGUCGACUUCUUUGCUCCGUGGUGUCCUCCAUGCCGAGCUUUACUGCCUGAACUGAGAAAAGCGUCAAUCCAGUUGGCUGGACAGAUGAAGUUUGGCACUCUGGACUGUACCAUCCACCAAAACCUCUGCUCUACGUAUAAUAUUCAGGCUUAUCCCACCACAGUGAUAUUUAACGGCUCCUCUGUUCAUGAAUAUGAAGGACAACAUUCAGCUGACGGCAUCCUGGAGUUCAUACAGGAUCUGGUCAGCCCAUCAGUGCUGGUCCUGGAUCCUUCCAGCUUCAGCGAGAAAGUUAAAGGUCGAGCUGAGGGGGAGAUCUGGGCGGUUGAUUUCUACGCUCCAUGGUGUGGCCCCUGUCAGGCUCUGAUUCCAGAGUGGAGACGCAUGGCCAGGCUGCUGUCCGGUCAGGUCCUGGUUGGCUCAGUUGACUGUCAGCGGUUUCAGUCGUUCUGUCAGGGUCAGAGCGUGAGGGCGUACCCUGAAAUCCGCCUGUAUCUCGGCAACACCCGGCAGCCAGAUCGCUACAUGAGUUAUAAUGGUUGGAACAGAGAUUCCCAGUCACUGAGAUCAUGGGCACUGAGCUCCUUACCCAGAGCGUCGGUGGACCUGACCCCAGAGUCCUUCAGGUCUCAGGUUCUGUCAGGUCAGGAUCACUGGAUCCUGGAUUUUUACGCCCCUUGGUGUGGACCCUGUCAACACUUCGCCCCAGAGUUUGAGGUCCUGGCUCGGGUUCUGAAAGGGAAGGUUCGAGCUGGGAAGGUGGACUGUCAGGCUCAUCAUCAGACCUGUCAAUCAGCUGGAAUCACCGCCUACCCAACCGUCAGAUUCUACCCGUACCUGGGGACAAGGAGGCAUGAACACAGCGGAGAACACAUCAAUAGCCGGGACUCCAACGUGAUAGCUGACAUCGUCACGCAGCGACUACAACAGCUGACGCCACAGUUGCACAACAAACGGAAGGACGAGCUCUGAUGAUCUUGAGCCGGUGCACCAUGGGAGAGACCAGCAAUCUGAUUGGUCAGGGAGGGACAGCGGUGGAUUUGAUUGGUCCAGCACAAUGAUCAAUCAGUCAACACUCCUUGAAAAGUCCAACACACAGACAGACGGACUGGGCACCGACUGUUACCCGCUGUGUUGAAUGUACUGAACACUAAUGCCUUGUUUUUAUUUGUUUUUAUUUUGUCUCCAUUGUUUGUAUUUACUCUAUGAAGUAAAAUUGUGAGACACUGGUUACUGAACAUAUUACUGACGCACACACACGCACACGGAGCCCGAUGUUGACAUGGUGUUGUAUUUUAUUAUUCAUGUAAAAACUGUUGGACCUCCAGAAUAAAACGGUGUGUUUCUGUUAAAAGAUUUCAGCAGUCUCAUCAGUUUUACAACCUUUGCUGAAGUUUUAAUUCUGCUUCUAUACGUCCUGUUCUCACUUAAAGUAUAUCUCAAAGUCAGAAUGUCAUGUAGAACUUAAAUUAUUAGCCCAUUAAUGGAUCAGUCAACUGAUAGGGCUUUCGCAAUAUCAAAUUUUCACUACACAGUUAUGCUAUCACAAUAUCUAUAGAAAAAAAUCAUCCGUCUAAUUCAUCUUUAAGUUUGUUGGUUGUGCGUUUUGUGUCUUUUUUUGGCAAAUUAAUUGCACUGAAAAUACGAAUGAAGGGAGGAGAGAGAGAGUCUGUUACUAUUACGAUAUUACGAGGAAAUAAUUAACUUCAAAUUAAAUAAGCUAUUCUUACUAUGACCAGCAGGUGUCACUGUCCACACUCAAACCAGAAUAUGUUUAUUAGGUAAAAUGGGUUUAGAAUGUGUUUAUAUUAUAGUUUCUAUUGAGCUGAGGAAGCCUUGUAAUCCGAUGGAUUAACCUGACCGUGAUGCAUGCUGGGAACCUCAGUGACCCUAAACAGAGUAAGUGUGCAUACUGAACAAGACGGAUCAGUAGGUUUAGGGUAGCGCUGUCUGAUUAUUCUGUAGAUUAUUAAUGUGAAAAACAACACAAGUUGUUAAUCCCUAAACAAACAAGAACAUUACGUCUUUUGAUAAACGGACCUUUUCUAGAUAAUGUCAGAAAAAUGCAGCUUUCUGAUGGUUCGUAAUAGUUGUGUGUUUCCAGUUGAACCAGCAGACGACACUGUUGCUCGUCUGCUCUGCUGUUCAUCUGGGAAAGAGUUCAACAGGAAACAUGAAGUACCUGAACACUGAUUACCAUGCAGGCUGGUACAGGAGCGAGCUUCAG